GGAGAUAAGCUGUAUAUGAAUACUGUGGACGCCGCCUAGGAACACCGAAUCCUCCCACUCUCUCAUUUUCUCACUCUAAAAUAAAAACGUAUCACAUGUCACAUCUAAUUCUACCCUUCUUCACAAGCAACAUUCAACCGCCUUUUCUCUCUCUCCCUCUCUCACUCUCUCUUUCUCCCCCUUCCCCUCCGUGUUUCGACGAUUUCAAUCUCAACCAUUUCAAUUUCAAUUUUCUGCAGAAGCGAUGCAGGCGGAAAGCCCUAGCAGGCCACCGAUAACGAUCCGAGAGGUAUGGUCGGACAAUUUGGAAUCGGAAUUCGCGCUGAUCUCGGAUCUGGUCGACCGCUACCCCUUCAUCUCCAUGGACACCGAAUUCCCCGGCGUCAUCUUCAAGCCGCCGCCGCACUCCGCCGACCGCCGCCGCCCCGACGACCACUACGACACCCUCAAGGCGAACGUCGACGCGCUCAACCUCAUCCAGCUCGGCCUCACCCUCUCCGACCCCGUCGGCAACCUCCCCGCCCUCGGCAUCUGGCAAUUCAACUUCUCCGACUUCGACGCCGCGCGUCACCCCCACGCGCCGGAGUCGAUCGAGCUGCUCCGCUCCCACGGGAUCGACUUCGACGCGAACCGGGCGCAGGGGGUCGACUCGGCCCGGUUCGCGGAGCUGAUGAUGGGCUCCGGCCUGGUCUGCAACGACGACGUGAGCUGGGUGACCUUCCACAGCGCGUACGACUUCGGGUACCUGGUGAAGGUCCUCACGCGCCGCCGGCUCCCCGCUGGGCUGGGCGAUUUCCUGGCGGUGCUGCGGGCCUUCUUCGGGAGCAACGUGUACGACGUGAAGCAUCUGAUGCGGUUCUGUGGGGCCCUCCACGGCGGGUUGGACCGGGUGGCCCGGGCGCUCGAGGUGGACCGGGUCGUGGGGAAGUGCCAUCAGGCCGGUUCGGAUAGCUUGCUGACGUGUCACGCAUUUAUGAAAAUGAAGGAUGUGUAUUUUGCGGACCGGAGUCAUGAAAAAUAUGCGGGUGUGUUAUAUGGAUUAGAAUUGGAAUUACAAGUUUACUGAUUAAAUAGGAUUAUAGAAUUAGAGUGUUGCUGUUUCUUCAUUAUUUACUAGUAAACCAUUUUUUUUUUAAUAUAAACAACCCAUUUAUACA